GUGCCGUCAGGUCAGCUGAUCUCUGCUGCUGUAGCAAGGAGAAAGAUGUCGACGACCAACUGGCGAAGGAUGGAUGCUGUUUUCACCGUAGGGUUUGUCCUCUGCCUCCUGGGCACCACUGGAGUCCAAGGAGACACUUUAACAGUUCUGCAGGCUCCAGAAUUUGUGUCCUUCCAGAAAGGAGACUGGCCUGUUUCUGGAGAGAAGAUACCUGACUUGGUGGCUUUAACUAUGGGCUUCUCUGUUCAAGAGGAUCUGUCCUGGCCAGGCCUCCAGGCUGGUCCGCUGUUUCAGCGCCCCCGGGCUAAUGUACUGGUGGUGGUUAGAGGUGUCGAUAGCCUGGCCCUCCCCCAGAGUGUGGCCUCCUACCCCUUGGAGAAUCCGGUCCCUUUCACCUUGGAUAGCGUUGCAGAGACAGUGCACUCUCUGUUUGCUGAGGACACCCCUGUGGUGCUGCAGCUGGCCCCUAGUGAAGAAAGGCUGUAUAUGCUGGGCAAAGCCAAUGCUGUGUUUGAGGACCUGCCAGUCACUUUGCAACAAAUCCGUGCACGUCUGUCCCAGGACGGCUCUGUGCUGGCUUCUCUUCCACUGAACUCCCUCAGCCGGAAUGCAGAGGCUGAUUUGCUCUUCCUGUCUGAGGUCCAAGUGCUACAUGACAUCACAGCUCUGCUGCAGAGACACAGACAUCUGGCUAAAGACCACUCCCCUGACCUGUACUCCUUGGAGUUGUCUGGUCUGGAGGAGCUGAGUCGUCUCUAUGGUCGAGACUCCGCCCAGUAUCGUGACGCCACUGCCAUUCUUGCCUCCGUCCUUCAGAAGUUUGGAGAAGAUGUGUAUGGUCUCUAUGGCAACAGCGCUGUGGUGGAAGUUGUGACGGUGAAAACCUUUGAGGCUCCGUUGACUCGGAAAUCCCGUUCAAUUCUGGAAUCUAAACAGAUCAGUAACCCAGGCAGCCCUUACAACCUGGCCUACAAGUAUAACUUCCAGUACGCUGUGGUCUUCAACAUUGUGCUGUGGUUGAUGAUCGCUCUGGCCCUCGCUGUUAUUGCCACCGCUUACAACCUGUGGAACAUGGACCCAGGAUAUGACAGCAUCAUCUACAGGAUGACCAAUCAGAAGAUCAGGAUGGACUAAAUCCUGAACAUCAACCCCUCCCCCACCCCAAUGCUGUCCCCCAGAACCCCCCAAUGAAUGUUUGUGUUGUGUGUGAGGUUGUCAUUUAGUUCAGAAAGAAAACGGUGACAGCCUGUUGGGGCCUAUUUCUGCAUCACUCCUUUGUUUACAUUGGCAAAUAAUGGACAGAAUCAUUGCAUUAGUGGAACCUCUUCAUGAAGAUGCUAGAUGUCACCACUUACUGGUGUAUACACUGAAAAUUCUUUUAUUUUUUAACCCCACAGCUCACAUUCCAAAUGACUUCUCUCUUCCCUCACUUUGUUAUUCCCCUUGUGAUUGCAUUGCAGUCGUGUUUUUUUUUUUUUUUUUUAUUGUAAAAACUCUUGUAAUGCUAUGAAAGAAUGAGAUUUGUCUGGUUUUCAUGUGAUGUGCUUGUCUUGCUGUGUGAAAAUGUUUUAAGUUAAAUGAAAUCUAUGUGUAUAUAUUGAAUAUACAACUGUAUGAUAAAGUGCUGUAGUCUUAUUGUGAAAUGAUUUGUGCAGUUCAAGGUUAGUACCUGCCUCUGUUUGAAACAGUAAGUAAAAUAUCAGAUAAAACUUAGGAUUGGACAUGGGUAAAUGAAGCGCUGUAAAUUGAAAUAUGUCUAAUAAAUUAUUAUACCAAUCA